GUUCAACAACAUGGAUUCAUUCAGAAAUGAUUUAGCGACAUGAGAGGUUUGAAGCAGAGGUGUGGUUUACAGGUGCAAAUUCAGGAAAGGCCAGUUCCCGGGUAGCCACAAGCGAGACAGAUCCCUCCCCUUGCCUCUUGUCUCUGGAUGCACAAUCUCUGAACUCUCAAACGAUUUUACUUCAACCUACCUCGAUCAUCUCACCCGAGUCCUACCGGCAGCACUCAGGUAGAGGAUCCAAACAUGAAAUUGCCUCUGGGCAUCACACUUGCACUCUUCUUGAUACUUCAGACAUUCCAACAAGCGUCCACCCAGAUACCUGAGGAUUGGGAAAGAAAUAAUGGGACUACAGGCGACAAAGGAAAACAACCACAUAGUGAGGAAAUAACUGCUAAACCAACAGGAGAAAGUAAGGAAGACAUACAAAGCAAUGUAGAUGCACAAGCCAACCCAGAGAGUGGUACAGAAAAUGAAGGACAACCAUUUGGCACAUUUAAUUAUAGUGAAGGAGGAGAGCAGAAUUCCACAAAGUUGGAUCUGAUGCCUGAGCAGUCUGUUGCUGACACAGAGGAAGCAAGUUCUGAGGGUCCCAUUGCUACAACAACACCACCUCCUAUGAUUGCACUUAAUUCAAGUUCUGAGCUCUCAGAUACAUCAGCAGAAUCCAAUGAAACACUGACACAGGACACAGAUACCUCCACACCAGAGCCAGAACACACAAAUGAAUCUACUCUUAUUGACACAUAUACCAGUCCACAACCUGAGACUACCACAACAGAGAGCAGCCAUGAUGAAUCGGGUUCUGGAUAUUUGCCCUCAGAUGAUGUACCCACCAACAGCACUACUAAGAGUCCGACCACCACAACAAAAGAUGAAAGCGUCCAGAACAAAACUACAGUGAGUCCAACUGAACCACCAGUACACAGAACUACAACGGCAGUAAUUCCACUGACCGUCUCUAAGGACGUCACGACUCCUGCCCCAGACAGUGAGGAUACAAACCAGACCAAACCUACUGACACCAGAGGGAAUUCUGAAAGAGGUUUAUCUUCAGAUGUUUCAGACGUUACCGAAAGCAAGAAAGGGCAGGCAUGGACUGUUGUCCUAGUCAUUGGGAUUAUAGUGGGGGUCCUGGCUUUGGGAGCAUUUAUCAUCCUGAAUCAAAGAAACAAAAAAGACUUCUCACACAGAAAACUGGUGGAAGAGAUGUCACCUGAUCCAGUUCUCCGACUGGACAACAGUGAGCCACUCGACCUGAAGUUUGAUGGAUUUGGUUACUACAAUCCAGGACUACAAGGGGACAACAUCCAGAUGACCAACUUUCCACAGGGACAUUCAAAAUGAGAACAAAUCUGUGAUGCCAAAGACAUUUUUUUUAAUGUUGCAGCACCCAUGUGAAGACAAAAGGAUGUAAUUAAGAAAUUAUUGUAAUUUUUGCCAAAUCAAUCAUAAGGCAAUUUUGCAUAAAUGAACAAUCAAAACAUUUUUUUUGAAUGUUUAGUAGUGUCUUUUGUUUGAAUGUUUUAGACUAUCUGAAAGAAGAAUAUUUCUAUACUGGGCACUUUUUGUUUGAACUGCAAAGUGUUGGAUUGUAUGUCUGCUUCUAUCUAAUUGUUCAACAAGAUUGUUUACAUGACAAUUACUGUAUCAUGUCAAAACCGGUAUAUGCAAAAUGGUGGAAUUUAUCAGCAUUAUGACACAACUUCACUAUGCACAACAGUUUUGGUCUAGAAGAUCAAGAUUAUGUCACUGAACUGGGAGAACAUCUAUUGGCGUUUUGCCUCGUUGAAUUUUCAGACACAGGCCUAAUACCUUUCUUCUGAGCCUAUAAUAUUUGAAGAUUUUUUAGUUUUCAAAAGCUUUAAACUAAAUAGAGAAUAAACGUGGCAGUAGAUUCUCAGAUUAUAAUAAAUAAUAAAAUGAUAAAAUAAGGCUUGUCUCCUUGUCUGAUUAUUGUAUAAUCAAGGUAU